AUGAUUAAAACAGUGUUCAUCGGACUUUUUUGUGGCGCAGCCAUAUUGACUGCGGGAAUUUUGAUCGGACACUAUGGCAUCGAAAAGAGUAGCGACUCUGAGCCGGCAUGGGUGAAAGAUGUGUCCAAGGAUGUGGAUGAAAGGCUGCUGGAAGAGUUUUUGUCCGAAGUGGACAACGUGAAUAUUAAGGACAACCUCAGGGAGCUGACCAAAGUGCCUCACAUGGCCACCACAGUCGGAGAUGAGAAAACGGUGCAGCUAAUGCUGAAAAGAUGGCAGGAUCCAGAAAGCGGUCUGGACCAGGCUUGGAGGGAGGAAUACAUGGUCUACCUGUCCUUUCCUGAUCCUGACAAGCCUAACAAGGUCACUGUUGAUGAGUUAUCAUCAAAACCAAACUACAUUGUCUUACAUUUACAUUUAUUUCCAUUUGGAUUUUUUUCAGUAAAUCCGUCCAAUACCGUUCUGCAUACGGCUAGAGAGAAGGAGAAGGCUUACACUUCCGACCAGAAGGAUCCAGAUGUGGUUCAACCUUAUGCUGCCUACUCUCCUGCUGGGCAAGUGCAGGGCAAACUUGUGUACGCCAACUACGGGACAGUAAAUGACUACAAGUGGCUGAGCCAAAAAUUGAACCUCACGGGCACCAUCGCCAUCACAAGAUACGGUGGAGCAGGCAGAGGAGCCAAAGCCAUCAACGCAGUACCUUACGGUAUCCUCGGUGUACUCGUCUACACGGACCCUCUGGACAUUAACGAGGGCUUGAUGUCGGACAUUAACGAGACGUAUCCACAUUCCUGGUACAUGCCUCCUUCCGGCGUGGAGAGAGGCGCGUACGCUUCAACCUACGGAGACCUGCUCACUCCUUACUUGGCUGCCAAAGAAGAAACUUACAGAAUUCCAGAAAAGGACAUCACUGGGAUUCCUACCAUUCCGAUUCAACCCAUCGGCUUCGAGGAUGCCUACAUUUUAAUUUGUGAGCUGGGUGGCGAUCCAGCGCCACAAUUUUGGCAAGGGGGAUUCAACUGCACCUACAACUACGGUGGUCCGGGCUUUCGACCUUCUUCUCACUUCUACAACAGUGAUGUCAAGAUGGACAUAUUCAACUACUGCGAGGUGAAGAACUCCUCUAAUGUGAUGGGUGUCAUUAAGGGAAGUGUGGAGCCCGACAGAUACGUCAUCUACGGCAACCACAGGGACAGCUGGGUUCAUGGCGCCAUUGACCCGAGCAGCGGGACGUCAGUCAUGCUGGAGCUUACGCGUGUGCUUGGCAAAAUGGUCAAACAAGGCAAAUGGAGGCCACGCCGAUCUAUCGUAUUUGGAAGCUGGGGGGCCGAAGAGUUUGGCCUUAUUGGGUCAACAGAAUACACAGAGCAAUACUUCACCAAGCUCAGUGAACGUACCGUGGCUUAUAUCAACGUGGAUAUUGCUGUUCAAGGCAAUGCCACUCUGCGGGCGCUAGGGAUGCCGUCGCUCCAGAAUGUCGUCUUCACAGCUGCCAAACAGGUGAAGGCUCCUGGAGCGGAUUCAAUGUCUGUGUAUGACAAGUGGAUCCAGCAUUCUAACAGAACAAGCCCGGUCCAUGGACUCAUUCCCAGAAUGGGAUAUCUUACAGGUGAAGGUAGUGAUUAUGCACCUUUUGUCCAUUACUUGGGAAUCACUUCCUUGGAUCUUAUGUACACUUAUGACAGGUCUAAAACAAAAGUCAGGAUUUACCCCGCUUACCACACUGCAUACGACACAUUCGACUAUUCGUCCAAUUACGUUGAUCCAGGUUUUUACACUCACCAGGCUGUCGCCAAAACGGCCGGGAGCGUCUUGGUGAGACUGGCCGACAGUCUGCUGCUACCGAUGAACUGCAGCGAUUAUGCCGAAAGUCUGGAGGCUUACCUCAGCGAGGCUUUGAAACACUAUGAAGACAGUCUCCUUGCUAUGAAUAUCUCCAUGGAGCCGAUAAAACGCGCCGUGGCCAGCUUUCGCAUCGCGGCGACUCACUUGGACCAAGUCAUUCGAAGCUCAGACCUGGCAAAUGAAACGCCAUUAAAAGUGCGAAAGAUCAAUGACCAGCUCAUGCUGCUGGAUCGUGCUUUCUUGAGGCCUCCAGCAUUUCCAAGUAAAAAUAGGCACGUGAUCUGGGCACCAAUUGAAAUCAGCUUAUCGAGCUUCCCCGGUUUGAGCAGCGCUUACGUUAGCGCAAUGUCAUCGGGACAAGCCAGCGCCUGGGCCCAAGUGCAUCACCUCGUGUCGGUCAUGAGUCAGGCCAUUGAGGGUGCCGCCCACAUGAUGCUCGACGUUAUCUAA